AUGAAAAUUAAUGGGAAAACAUUUGUGGUGACAGGUGGAGCUUCAGGUUUAGGAUUAGAGACAAGUAGACAUCUUAGAUCAUUAGGAGCAAAUAUAUUUAUAAUGGAUAUGAAUGAAGAAAAUGGUAGAAAAGUUGUUGAAGAAUUAGGUAGUGAUAAAACUAUGUUUUCAUCAGUUGAUAUAACAUUGGAGGAUUCUGUUAAAUUAUCAUUAGAACAUUGUUUAAAGAAAUUUAAAGAAAUUCAUGGUGUUAUAAAUUGUGCAGGUGUUGCAGCUGCACAAAGGGUAAUUAAAAGGGAUGGUCAAGUUCAUCCAUUGGAUUUAUUCACUCGUGUAGUUAUGGUUAAUCUUAUUGGUACUUUCAAUGUAAUUAGAUUAGUUGCUGAUAUAAUACAUAACCAAAAUCAACCAUCAUCAAAAGAUGGUGGUGAAGAAGAGGAAGAGAAAGGUGUUUUCAUUAUGACUGCAUCAGUUGCUGCAUUCGAGGGUCAGGUAGGCCAAUCUGCAUAUUCUGCAAGCAAAAGUGGUGUUGUUGGUAUGACACUACCAAUGGCUAGAGAAUUUGCUACUUUAAAAAUUAGAAUCAAUACAAUUGCACCUGGAACAUUCGAAACACCAAUGGUGGAAAUGUUACCUCAAGCUGCAAUUAAAUCAAUCAAUGAAUCAAUUCCUUUUCCAUCUAGAAUGGGUAAACCAAAAGAAUUUGCUUUCUUAUGUCAACAUUUAAUUGAAAAUACUUAUAUAAAUGGUGAAGUUAUUAGAUUAGAUGGCGCACUUCGUUUAUCAAAAUUGUAA